GUUACUUCAUAGAGCAACCUGUUGACAGCAGUGCGCACUUGCACAAGUCACGCAAAGUGCGCAAAUACGCGGAGAAGCGCACCGGGACAGAAGUUUCCUUCACUUUUGGAUACUAAGGAUACAAGAGAAGCGCUUGCAGUGAGGAUGCAAACCUAAUCUAAACUGGCGUAGCCUAUAAUGCAGGACUGAUUUUGAAUUGGGAAUAUUGUGUUUUGUUUUUACGCAUCAUCAUCCUCUCCAGGUACUACUCUGAUGAUUGGGGAGCGCUAGUCCUCUGUGUUUGAUCAUCCCUGAGAUGAUCGAUAAUUCGAUCCCAGAUUGGCUGGAAGUAACGUGACAGUGCAGAUCGCGAUGAACGUGCUGCUCGCGCUGUGCGUGGCGCUCGCGGUAGCACGCGGCAGCAGAUACUGUCCCGAGCUGAUGAUUGACAGCUGUCACUGCACCGCGGAGAGAUCAAAGCAGUUUAGCAGGCAGAGCGUGCGCGUGAAGGCUGUGUGUGAUGAUGCGGACCUGACGGAAACCAUGCAGCCCAGCUCGAUCCCCAACACGACGGUGUCACUGAUCCUGAGCAACAAUAAGAUCUCGGCGCUGAAGAAUAACUCUUUCCUCGGCCUGCGAGCUCUGGAGAGACUGGAUCUCAGCAGUAAUCUCAUUAGCAGAAUUGCCCCCGGCGCGUUUCAUGGCCUGACGGCUCUGAGGAGACUCAGCACUCUUGAGAAUGAGAGCUGCAGCCGAUCUAAGGUUCAUUCUGCAGGGAAGAGGCUUUCAGCAUCUCGACGUACAGACGCAGGAGCCAUGCAGACCUUUAAUGUGACACUGAUUGCUGGAUUUGAGCGGCUGAUUGUGGAUGUGCGUGUGCCAGGCUGCUGGAUGCGUAUAAUUUAA